AGUAGUCGCGCCACGCGCCCUUCUCUUCCCCGCAUCCGAGUGCAAACAUCAUGGCUGCGAAGGACAAGCCCAACAAGCUGGCAUUCUUGUCAAUGCCAGCGCCGGCAUCCUAUGUUGCAGGUCUUGGUCGAGGCGCUUCUGGUUUCACGACCCGGUCGGAUAUCGGUCCUGCUCGAGAAGGUCCUUCGGCCGAAGUCAUCGCAGAGGCGCAAGCGAAGCGUGGAGAGGAGGCGGAAGUCGACCCGGACCAGUUCCAGGACCCCGACAACGAAUACGGACUCUUCGCAGGGACAACAUAUGAGGCCGACGAUGAGGAGGCGGACAGGAUAUAUGAGCAGGUGGACCAGAACAUGGACGCCCGGCGGCGCGCGAGGAGAGAGGCGAGGGAGAAUGAGGAGCUGGCAAAGCACAGAGCGGAACGUCCCAAGAUCCAGCAGCAGUUCGCCGACUUAAAACGCGGCCUUUCCGCGGUUACAGACGAAGAAUGGGAGAGCAUUCCUGAGGUGGGCAAUCUUACGAGGAAAAAGCGUAAAAAGGACGAGAGGUCAUUCGUUGUAUCCGACAGCGUCAUUGUCGGAGACAGAUCUCGGACUGAGUACGAGACCUCGCUAGACUCGCGACAACAGGCGAAUGGAGGAAUCGAGACCCCCGCAGAGAAUGGCACAAUCACGAACUUCGCGGAGAUGAGCCAGGCGCGAGACAAGAUUUUGUCGCUCAAGCUGGACCAGGUCUCAGGAAACGUCACUUCUACUGGCCUGCAGACAGCGAUAGAUCCCAAAGGUUACCUUACUUCGCUCGACAGCGUUGUGCUCAAGACGGACGCUGAGAUUGGUGACAUUAAGCGGGCACGCAUGCUCUUCGACUCCCUCGUAAAGUCUAACCCGAAGCAUUCACCUGGAUGGAUUGCCGCCGCACGUUUGGAGGAGCACGCUGGGAGGAUGGUCGCGGCACGCAAGAUGAUCAAGCAAGGGUGCGAGCAGUGUCCCAAAAACGAGGAUGUCUGGCUCGAGGCUGCGCGGUUGCAUAAUAACGAUGAUGCCAAGGUCAUUCUAGCCAGUGCAGUGCAACACGUCGGCCAGAGUGUGAAGAUUUGGAUGGCUGCGGCAGACCUAGAGCACGACGUCAAGGCAAAGAAGCGUGUUUUACGGAAAGCUCUUGAACACAUCCCGAACUCCGUCCGGCUGUGGAAGGAGACGGUCAACCUAGAGUCUUCUGCUGUAGAUGCUCGUAUCCUUCUGUCUCGUGCCGUCGAGGUCAUCCCGCAGUCCGUCGAGCUCUGGUUGGCACUCGCCCGCCUCGAGACGCCUGACAAAGCCAAGGCCGUACUCAACAAGGCUCGCAAAGCCGUCCCAACCAGCCACGAGAUCUGGAUUGCCGCUGGUCGUCUGCUAGAGCAGGAAGCAUAUGCAACUGAGAAAGCCCAAGAGCAGCGCGACAAAGAACUGGCGGCGGUUGACAAGACAAUCGAAGCUGGUGUUCGCGAGCUUCGCCGCCACCAAGUGCUCCUGACCAGGGAGCAAUGGCUGAAGGAAGCCGAGCGGUGCGAGACCGAAGGAGCAAUCCGGACAUGCGAGGCGAUCAUCAAGGCGACGAUCGCCAUGGACAUCGAGGAGGAGGACCGUCUUGACACCUGGACGGGCGACGCGGAGGCGGCGGAGGCGAAGGGCAACAUCGGUGCCGCUCGGGCGAUCCUUGCCUACGCGCUCAGGGUCUUCCCUGACAAGAAGAGCCUGUGGCGUAAGGCUUCCGAUCUAGAGAAAGCGCGUGGGACAAAGGAGUCGCUCAAUGCUAUCCUCGAACGCGCAGUGCACCAUUGUCCACAGGCAGAGGUGCUGUGGCUCAUGUGGGCGAAGGAGAAGUGGCUCGCAGGCGACGUGCCCGCGGCGCGCGAGGUGCUCGAGCGCGCGUUCGUCGCGAACUCGGAGAGCGAGCAGAUUUGGCUCGCGGCCGUGAAGCUGGAAGCGGAGAACGGCGAGCUCGACGUCGCGCGCGAGUUGCUCGUCCGUGCACGCACUGUAGCGGACACGCAGAGGAUCUGGAUGAAGUCUGCUGUGUUCGAACGGCAGCAAGGCCAGCUGGACAACGCACUGGAGACGCUCGCCACCGCGAUCAAGAAGUACCCGAAGUUCGCCAAGCUUUACAUGAUCCAAGGUCAAAUUCAUCAGCAGCGCAAGGACCACGCCGCGGCGCGUGCGUCGUUCACGUCUGGUAUCAAGGCAUGCCCUAAGGAAGCAAACCUGUGGAUCCUCGCGAGCCGGCUCGAAGAAGCUGACGGGAAGAGCAUCAAGGCGCGCGCGUUGCUGGACAAGGCGCGAUUGGCGAAUCCAGGCAACGACGUGCUCUGGGCAGAAGCAGUCGGCGUUGAGGAACGCUCCGGGGGCGCUGCACAAGCGAAGACAGUUCUUGCGAGAGGUCUGCAGGAGUGCCCGACAUCUGGGCUGCUGUGGUCGAUGGCGAUAUGGGCGGAGCCGCGGCCGACGCGCAAGGCGCGCUCCGCGGACGCGCUGCGGAAGGCGGGCAGCGACCCGUGGGUACUCUGCAGCGUCGCACGGCUGUUCUGGGCGGAGCGCAAGAUCGAGAAGGCGCGGCACUGGUUCGAGCGCGCGGUGUCCGCGCCCGAGAACCCGAGCGACACCUGGGGCGACAUCUGGGCGUGGUGGCUCAAGUUCGAGCGGCAGCAUGGGGUCGCGGAGCAGCAGGAGGGCGUGAUCAGGCAGGCUGUCGCGGCGGAGCCGCGGUACGGGCCUGCGUGGCAGCCAAUCGCGAAGGACGUCGCGAACACCGGGAAGAGUACGCGGGAAAUCCUCGAGCUCGUGGCGGGCACGCUGCAUUGAGGCGGGGCAGGCUUGGGAGAUUGGGCUACGGGUUCUCGCCGACGUGCUUGGUGUGUACGAGUAAUUGAUUGUGUAUCUGAUGUGUGUU